GUUCUAUGAGGACGCUGGAAACAUGGCGCUGCGCAUAGCUCAUGCUUACGGAAGAGAAACACUGCUGGGGAUCAGUCGGAGACUCUUGGCUGCUGUGCCCUGGUGUCAUUGUUCUCAACGUGCCCACCAUACUCCUGGCACCUCUUUGAAGUACGUACCCCGCCGUGCCGUGCUCUAUGUACCGGGCAACGAUGAGAGAAAACUGCGGAAGCUGACAGCGCUGGACGUGGACUGUGCCGUUUUCGACUGCGAGGACGGGGUCGCCCUCAAUAAGAAGGAUGCCGCCCGGAAGACCAUACCAAAAAUGCUGGCAGAGCUGGAUCUGGGGCGGACAGAGAAGUGCGUACGGGUGAACUCUGUGUCCAGUGGCCUGUCCGAAGCCGACCUGGAGGUUAUUUUACAGGCGGAGGUGCUGCCCACGGCCCUAAUGCUGCCGAAGGUGGAGGACACCGAAGAAUUGCAGUGGUUUGUUGACAGGUUUCAGCAGUACCUAAAAGGCAGAGAGCUUAAGGAACCCAUCCGCUUGGUCACCUUUGUGGAAACAGCUGUAGGUCUGCUAAAUUUGAAGGCAGUGUGUGAAGCACUUCGAGAUUUUGGGCCAAAGGCAGGUUUUCAUCAUGAUGGCGUUGUCUUCGGUUCAGAUGACUUCUGUGCCAGCAUAGGAGCCACACGUACCAAAGAUGCUAAAGAGCUCUUGUACGCGCGGCAAAAAGUGGUGGUCACCACCAAAGCGUUUGGGCUCCAGGCGAUUGACCUUGUUUACAUCGACUAUCAGGAUGUGGAGGGGCUGAGGCAUCAGGCCAGAGAGGGCGCGCUCAUGGGAUUCACUGGAAAGCAAGUGAUCCACCCCAACCAAAUCCAAGUUGUUCAAGAAGAAUUUGCCCCCAGUCCAGCGAGAGUUAAGUGGGCCAUGGAGCUGAUCGCUGCGUUCGAGGAGCAUCAGAACUUGGGAAAGGGAGCCUUCACCUUUCAUGGCAGUAUGAUUGACAUGCCAUCUCUGAAGCAAGCUCAGAACAUUGUCACGUUAUCUUCAGCUGUUCGGGGAAACUGAUGCAAACCCGACUUCCUCAGACAUCAAAAUCUGCACCACGCUGGUUGCGCCUUGCACUUCACAUCAACACCCUGAAAUCUACCUGUGCAUUGUUUAACCAGCAGCAGAGAACUUUUGGUUUCAGAGAUCCAUUUUUCUGAAGAUCUGUUUAAUUAUUGUGUUUGAAGUUAAUUAUUUUGACGAAAUGUGUUAUAAUGUUGCAUUUGUGUGUUAAUUUGUUGUUUGUGUACGCGGUGUCCACCCCCUGCGCCUCUUGCGUCAAAGCGGAUGAUUGUCCGUGGCAAAGGUUGUGUGUGCCAGUGAAAGGGCAACCAAACAGAGCUGCCCUGCCGUUGAGCUUCCAUUCAGCCUGAAGGCUGCUCCAGGCCGCUGCACAUCAAAGUCCUAUUUGCCAAGAAGCCUCCAUGAAUUUACCAAAACCAACAGAGAGAGAAUAAGUCUGCGAGCCUGCUCUAAAUUGUAGGCCUUUGUUUCAAGGGACUUUAAGGUCUGAAUGCGUCUGCGGUCUGGCUCUGAGCUGACCUGCUCAGUGGCACGCCACACGCUCGCUCCCUCGCUCACAAACAUGUAUACAAAGGGCUCUGCAGUUUGUCCUUUUCGCUCUAUGUAAAUAUCAGCAGUUUUUCGUGCUUUCCUUGGCUUUGUUACCCGGUCAGCGGGUCCCACCUCUCCAUCCAGCUCCUGAAUCGCCUCGAACGUGCCCGGGUGCUGUAAAGACGUGCCGCCGUUGCCCAUUUCAUCACUGUUCCACGCACACACUUUGUCAAGAAUGCCUCUUUUCAAAUAAAGCUCCAGGAUGUCAUUUCCAAUGAAUGACCAUCCUUAUUACCCUCAAGCGUGUUGUUGUUGUUCUGAUUUUUUUUUUUUUUUUGUCAUUUGUCAUGAAUGCAUCCUACAGUAAACUCCGUUCCCACUUUUUGCUGCUGGUCUUCGGCUCCCACGGGCCGAUGAGAUCUUUGGCAGAAUAGAUUUGUCUGGGAUGGGGGUGGGGGAAUGGUUGAUGGUUUAGUUGGUCACUAUGGUAAUGAAGGCCUCUACAUAAAGCGUGAUCAAUAGUGUCUGCGGUGAGAGUCUCGGGUCGAGCUCUGUGCCAGCAGACAGAAAGAUGGAAAUCGCUGCUGUGAGCAGCCCUAAAGACAGACAGUAAGCUGACGGCCUGGCACUUGUCCCACGCUUGUCUCCUGUACCCUCUCCCCUGUGCUCUUUGCCUUUUGCGCUCAUUUAUUUUACAUUUUCUUUGGAAUCUUCUUUUUGGACUCAUGUUGGACAAGGCCUUUUGCUCUCUUAAGCGCUCCUAAUGACUUCCAAUCAGAGACAUAGGAUCAAUAGGCCAGUGUAGAAAGCUAAAAGAUUCAUCCAAAGCCGUCCUGUAUUAUUUAAGCAAAGCAGUUUAUUUUACUCAGAAAAGCAUGAUUUGGUUAAAGACUAACAUAGGAACAGCUAAAUUAGACUAACCACAACACGGUCACGCAUAAGCUCGGGUGAUGCUGACCCUUAAAUUUGUAACAUAACCCUCUGUAGGAAAUCUGUAUGAUAGACAUUUGAUUGUUGAUUGAUAUAAAACUAAAGGUGGCAAUUUUUAAGGGUUGCCUUUAUUAAAUGUUUAUUUUUUUCUUUACUGUUACCCAUGAAUGUGUUGAUUUUAUUAUUAGCAGCUUAUUUAAAUGUAAAGUGAAAUUAAUAGAAUUAAUCCUGACCCACAGGCAUUGUUCAUUUUAUUUAUUAUCCUGAAACUGAUAUGUGCAAGGUUUAAGGGAUUUGAGGACUCCGCUCCACGGAUCAGUGAAAUGCAACUUCUAAUUCUUUGUCAUUUUUCAUGACAUUUCUAUUAUGCUUCUAACUUGACAUAAUCUUUUCAGCUCACAAGGCAGAAUUAUUUAAAUACAUUUACUAGUAUUCCCAAAGAGAGUACAAUACAAUUAACACGAAUAGGACCUUACCUAAUCUUGACAGCACUCAAUUAGGCUUGAAACACAGUCCUGAUGGUUAUGUGCUGAGAUUGCUCUCAUAAAUUAUCUGAUAUCAACCCAGCGGAGAAAAUGCAUGUAUGCAAAGUGCUUUCUGAGGAAAAUUAAAAGGAAACGUUUUACAUAUUUUUCAUUAAUCUCAAUGGGACCCGUGUGGCAGAAAGGAUUUUGCUCGCCUAAUUUCUCGCCAAGGGAUCUCCCAAUAAUGACUUCAUUCUUUUACUAGACAAUAUAUGACAAACUCAUUUCAACAAAGAUGAUUCCACUGCAAUAAAACCAAUCGUUUACAACAGGAGCAGGCGGUUACCGUUUUGGAAAUAAUGUCUAAUUGAAAUGAAAUUGAAUUUAUUGGCAAUAGGGCUAAUGAGUAAAAUUGAACUCUAAUAAUGCUAUAAAGAGUCUUUGUUAGGAUAACAUAGAAUAACAGAGUAGGUCUACAGCAAAAACAUUCGCAAAUGUGAUUAUUUAAAAUCAUUUUGGAUUAAUAUCAAUAUUAAGCUCGACGUUAACAGCAAAAACCAAACGCAUGUGUUAUUUUAACAAUCAUGUUAGCUUAAAUAUCUUUCAAAAAAUAAUCAUUUAAAAAUAAAAGCACUUGGGGCAAAAUGGCAAUGUUUUAAAAAUAUUAAAUUAUUUAAACAUGUUUUUCUUAGAUUAAUUGGUGAUGAUUGCAAAAAUAGCUUUAAAAGUUGCUUGGGUUCGUGUACAGACGCGUUUAUAACCCGUUUAUAGCAUUUCCCCCCAAAUGUAGCCUAUUUAAAAAAAAAAACCUUUUUUUAAUCUUUUUUAAUAUUCUUUAUAUUUCCCUUUAAUGCUAUUGCUACAAAAAUAAAACUUGUUGUAUGAUUAUGGUAGUAACCUAUGAACGCAUCAGACAGACAUCAGCACAUUUUUUAUAUGACAUAUUCGUUUUUGUUUAUUUAUUUAGUGAAAGAUUUCACAAUUUUCACUGUUAUUAUAUAAAUUAAACAUUUUAAAUAUUUAUUUAUUCCUGUAUCGUAACAGUUAUGUUUCGGGGGGCUGCUUGAGUGGAGGAUAGUUGUUUCUGAAUAACCGAAGACUUUGAGCUGACUCUUUAUUUGAAAUGGAGACAGAUCAAAGGACAAACCCCAGCAAACCUCCUCCGGUCUUUGUCUGCGGUUGCCAUGGCUUCGAGUGGAGGGGCCACGUAAAUCACACUCCUUACAGUGCGACAAAAAGUCUUUAUAAACUUUUCAUGUUUAAACCCUUUAUUUCUUUUCUAACCAUUUGUUAUAAUUAAUAGUAAUAACGUCAAAGGUUGUUUGUUUAUGCGUUGUCAAUCAAAGUUAACUCACCAUCAGUCUCCUGGUAAUUUAUUUAUUUAUUUAAACCCCAAUUAGAUACUAUUAUAGU